AUGUACGACCGAUUCUCUGUCUCCAACGAAGCAGGAAAAUAUCAGCUUUUUCUUGCAGGACCUGCCACGGGAACCUUAGUAGACGGUAUGUUAGACACAGGUUAUUCGUACAGAGAUCUGUCUGGGAUGUCGUUCUCCACCCCAGACAGAGAUAAUGGAGACAGCAUGAGAAGCAGCAACGCUCUGUCUGGGAUGUCGUUCUCCACCCCAGACAGAGAUAAUGACAGAUAUAAUGUAUAUAACUGUGCUGCGGAUUACGGAGGAGGAUGGUGGUUUAACCGCUGUCACUUCGCCUUCCUCAAUGGUCGCUGGUCCCCGGGGUCCUGGUACAACCCAUGGUCUCCUACAAUAAAGACUGGGACAUACGUGAGGGGGACCACCAUGAUGAUUAGACGUAACUAG